CUCUCUCUCUCUCUCCCCUAUCCGUGCUUUGUGCCUGUUUGGUGCGCGUCCACCUUUCGGGGUCACCGGCUUCUGCUUUCUUGCUACGCCACCGCGCCUCUCGUCUAUUUAUGGAGUCCCCCGAUCCAUGAAGCCGGGGCAGGCCGAGAGUUGUCAACGACGACGUCUGCCGGCAGUGCUCCUGCUCCUCCUCCUCCUCCUUCCCGGCCGCCGCGCGAGCUUGGUGGGUUAGUGUCUCUUCUUCGCGGAGACCUGUGAGAGGAGCCAUCAUCAUGGCCGCCGUUGAGACUGUUGUCCUCAAGGUUGCUAUGUCAUGCGAGGGUUGCGCGGGGGCGGUCAGAAGAGUGCUCUCCAAGAUGGAAGGAGUUGAAACCUUCGACAUAGACCUCAAGGAGCAGAAGGUGACAGUCAAAGGCAAUGUCAAGCCUGAGGACGUCUUCCAGACGGUUUCCAAGUCGGGGAAGAGGACCUCCUACUGGGAGGGCGAAGCCACGGCCCCGGACGCUGCGGCGGCUUCUGGAGCCGAAGCAGCUCCCGGCACCGCGGCAGAAGCGCCUCCUGCUGCUGCUCCGGCGGCGCCAGAGAUCACCCCAGCCAAAGCUGACGCCUGAUCGUCACGCUAUUAUUCACUCACAUGUGAUGCUGCGGCUGCGACUCCUAAACCUUAAAUCUAGAAAUAGCUGGGGAUUGGGUUUGCAUUGCAUCGUGUUCUUGCCGGUCUAGCAAGUGACUAUAAGAAUAAUGGAAUAAACGAUGACCCAGUGUGUGUAUGAUUUCCGUUCUGAAGAACAACACAUCCCUUGCAGGAUUGUUGUUCAGUAGAUUCUACUUGUACCGCGGCUUUGGAGUUCCGCAAAGGACUUUACUUGUUCAAGAACUUCUUCUCUGACAGGAAAUAACAUGUGAGUGCAGUCCGUGCUU